CGGUCCCACGUCAUCCGACCAUUUCCUGUUCUUCCUCGCGGUGCAUCACGGAUCCUUCCUCCCUCGCUCGCUCGCUCGCGACGUCGUCCGCGCGCCAGGAGGAGGACUCCGAUCGCUCGGGCGUCGGUUUGGUAGGUGGAUGGGAGCAGAAGGAGCUCGGAUUUGGCGGAUAGCGUGUCUUCUCUGUCGGUUAGGCUGGUGGAAUAGUGCUGCGGCUGUUCCUGGGUUCGGUGUCGGUGUUUGGGCGAUUGGAUCUGCUUUCUGAGCUCUGGACUGGUUUUCCUUUCUCCUUUUCCUGAUUCGAGAAGGUCUGCGGUGGAGAGUUCUCGCUAAAGGUGGCACCUUGCGGUGAAUCCGGACGAGACGAAAAAGAGACGACUUCAGACAUUCAGCGGGCGUUAAAGAACGAAGCUCCGACUAUGACAAAUAUUGUGCGUCUCGAGUCUCUUCUGCUAGGGUUUGUUUGUCAGGAGCAAGGCGUCAAAUUUGGCGACGAGAGUUCAGUGGAACUAUAGGCGUGGCAUCUUUUGCGUAACAAUAGAGUCUUGCUUGGCCUUUUGCUACGGUGGAGUUUUCGCUGCUGCUUUGCAGUUAACGCCGCGAUAAGAAGGGCUUUUAUUGUGGUGGUAUAAAAGCUGCCAGCGAGUGUUCUUUUAUCGAAGUUUCUGAGAGAAAUUUCACGCACUCAUGUCUUUGAUGCCUCCAAGUAGGUCAACCUCAAGUCACGAUUCAGGUUGCUUUCAAGAUGUAAUGUACACUGAGCUAUGGAAAGCAUGUGCUGGGCCUAUGGUUACUCUACCUUGUGUAGGAGAAAGAGUUUAUUACUUUCCUCAGGGUCAUAUGGAACAGCUUGAAGCAUCAAUAAAUCAGGAGCUUAACCAGAAGAUGCCCUUGUUCAAUCUUCCAUCAAAGCUUCUGUGCAGGGUAGUACACAUUCAACUUCAGGUUGAACCAGACACUGAUGAAGUAUAUGCACAGAUCACACUGCAUCCUGAAGUGAAUCAAGAUGAGAUCACUAGUCCAGAUCCUCCACUAUUGGAUCUGCAAAACAGCAGUGUCCAUUCUUUCUGUAAGAUCCUAACUGCAUCCGACACGAGCACCCAUGGGGGAUUCUCAGUUCUUAGGAAGCAUGCAGAUGAGUGCCUUCCUCCACUGGAUAUGUCCCAGAAUCCACCUUGCCAAGAGUUGGUUGCCAAAGAUCUUCAUGGAAAUGAGUGGCAUUUUCGUCACAUCUAUCGAGGGCAGCCAAGACGUCAUUUGCUUACAACUGGUUGGAGUGUCUUUCUUAGCUCUAAGAGAUUGGUAGCUGGUGAUGCAUUUAUUUUUUUACGCAGAGGUGAGAAUAAUGAGCUUCGAGUCGGAGUUAGAAGACUUAAGAGCAGACUAAACAACAUGACAUCAUCAGUCAUAUCCAGUCAUAGCAUGCAUCUUGGGGUGCUAGCUACUGCAUCUCAUGCUAUUGCUACUGGGACUCUUUUUUCCGUUUUCUAUAAACCAAGGACAAGCCAAUCAGAGUUCAUUAUAAGUGUCAACAAAUAUCUUGAAUCCAAGACUUUCAAAUUCACUGUUGGGAUGAGAUUCAAGAUGAGAUUUGAGGGUGAUGAAGCUCUAGAGCAAAGGUUUAGUGGCACUAUCACUGGUGUUGACAUGACACCAUCUCAAUGGGCAGAUUCAGAAUGGCGAUCUUUAAAGGUUCAAUGGGAUGAAUCUUCCCUCAUAGCCCGGUCAGACAGGGUUUCACCAUGGGAAUUGGAACCACUCGUGGCAGCUAAUCCAACAACCUCUCAAUCAGUGCAGAGAAACAACAAACGGACAAGAACAUCUGUUUUACCUGCUAUAAGAACGGAUUCUGCUUCAAUGUUUGGUUUGUGGCAAGCAGCCCCUUGUGAGAGUGCCCAAUCUUUAUCAUUUUCUCAGCUGCAAAAAGGACAAGAGCUGCAUACACCAUCCAUGCCAUCAUCUCUGUUCUCAUCCGCAUCUAAUCUAGGGCAUAGAAAAUCAACAAUUGACAGUGCCACAUGCCGGCCAAUUACGACAAAACAUUGUGACUCCUCGGUGGAAAUAACUGAGAAAGAAAACAAAAAGCAGGAAACUAGUUCAGACUGGAGACUAUUUGGAUUUAAGCUAGUGAAGAGCUCUAUUGCGGGGGAAAUUUCUCCGGUAACUGAAGGUAUCAUCGAGGAACUACCGGCGGCAUCAACGGAUUUGAAAUCGGAGCUUCAUUGUGUGCCGGAAAAGUCAUGCUUAAGGUUACCUCUAGAAACUCAACGCAGGCACUUGAGGAGCUGCACCAAGGUUCAUAUGCAUGGAAUGGCAGUUGGGAGGGCAGUUGAUCUGACCAGAUUACAUGGAUAUGGUCAACUUCUUCGGAAGCUAGAAGAGAUGUUCGACAUUGAGGGAGAGCUUUCUGGUCAGGUAAAGAGGUGGGAGGUCGCGUACAUAGAUGAUGAGGGCGACACGAUGAUGGUCGGCGAUGAUCCCUGGAAUGAGUUCUGCAGCAUGGUAAGAAAAAUGCAUAUCUACACAUGCGAUGAGGCGAAAAGGCUCACACCAAGGGUGAAAUUUCCAGACACGAAAUUGUCUGGUUGAACUACAAUUAGCUAGCUAGAGCUAGCUGACCCUGUACGCCAUUGAUGAACAAGGUAAUGCACCAAUGUACGUGUGUUCAA